AUGCCGCCUCAGCUGCCACUGGCCAUUCACCUGAGUACGACUGAGUCGGUGCUGAAACACAAGUAUAGGAUGCUGUCUUGGCUUGUGUGGUGGAUUUUGGUUUCUGAGAUUUUAAGUGGCUUUGGUAUCUUGGUAUUGCCGUUCCUGAUGAACGAGUACAUCUAUGUGGCAGGCCUUGUGCUGCUUGUACUGAUGAAGCUGCUUCGGAGAGUACCUUUGCUCUCCUUACUUCAGAAGCCUGCCAUGCUUGCGACCAGCACCCGCAGUUCCCUUUUCGGACUUUCACAAGGGCCGGUGCCGGAAGAUGUCUGCUGCUGUGCAUGGGAAGCAACUUUCCGUGUGCUCCUCUCUGGUCUCGCCUUUGUCUCUCUGGCCAUUCAGUGGGAUGCUCUAUCUUCGAUGUGUGCGGAGCAACCGUCCUUAAGAGAAGCUCAGGAGUCGGAGGCUCGAGGCUGUCCACUUCUGGGCUGUGGGGAUGUGGCCCGAGAGGCCUUGCUAGCUGCGCAUGAGGCAGACGGAGGUGAGGCCUGCCUCCUCCGACUGCGGGCUUGUCACUGCAUUCAGAGGGCCGGCAUUCAUACGAAUCUUUGCUACAGUUUGGGGCCAAUCUUCUGCUCUACCGGCCUCGAUGGGGCCCCGCAUGCCUUGCUGCAGCGCACCAGCGUGGUCCUUUGCGCCGUCAUCGCGCCGCCCGUGUGGCUCUGCCUCUAUCUGCUCUUCGUGGUCUUGAAGCCUGAUGAAGAUGAGUUGAAAGCUCAGGUUCAAGCCGAGAUUCAGAGGGUGUCACGCUGCAUGCAAACAUCGGGGGAUGGAUGCACUCCGAAAUGCUCAUCACGAGCAUGCAUACUCUUUGAGAUCGCAUACCUUCUGAUCGACAUGAUGCUCGAUGCUAGCUGCUUAGCCACGCUGAUUCAAAGCAACCAGUAUAUCCUGGCAUGCUGCCAGGCUGCCGUACUCUCUCUAAGUCUACUGCAGCAGCUGCGGGUUGGAAUUGUUGCAGUUGCCUCCUCUGUCAGGGAGUCGCUAAGACUGGGAUAUUGCACCGACGUUCUGCUCCGGAUCGUGCAGUCGGAGAGGCUGAUGGAGAGUUUUAUGUCAAUGCUCAUACAAGGUACAGCGCUGACUUCAUUGAGCAGCGGCGCCGCUACCCAGUUCAACAUCAGCAUCUUCAUGAGUCUCUAUGGGAUAGUAAGGGCCGUUUACCGGGAAGUGCACCUCGACCUUGGCGGUCUUGACCGGGAAACAGGAUCCUCGUGUUGCCGAGACUGUUUGAGUCGAAAGAGCGCUGUUUCGCAGUUUCGGGCGGACCGGCAGCGAGAAGGUUCGACGAAGCCAGCAGCAGCCCUUGCGCCGUCGCUGUGGCGCAGCUUGUAUGGGAGAGCCCGGUGA